UCCUCUUGUUCCAAAUUGAUUAGUACUCCCAUAAUCUCUAGCAAACUGGUAAUUGCGAUGAUGAUAAAGCCAUAUAUUAUACCAUCUUAGCACUCCAUACAGCAGGAACACUAUCUCAAUAUAAAAAACCUUAAACUACAAACAACAUCUACGAAAAGGCCAUGCGCAACUUGAUGCCGAAAUAUCUCUUUCCAUAUCGUUUCCCUUUCUCUCGCUAUCACCUUAUCCAGUCCCGAUCAUACAGUGUUCCCAUCAGCGCUGCUGACAGAAAUUAUAACGCGCCCGUCAGCUCUGCGGAACAGACAGCUGAGAUAGUCCCCCCGAAAGAUUUCGCCUACCAAAGAAAGCCAGAUGAACGUCCCAUCAGCCCCGAAGAGAAAACGGAGGAAAUUAUUCCUAGUUCAAAACCCCCAGAACAAAAAGAGGACGGAAGGACCAGAUAUGCAGGAGACAUUGGUCUACGAGAGGUCUCCCCGCUCGCGAUGCUUCUUCUAGCGGGAGGCGCAGCGUGUGGCGUAAGCGGUUACUUUUACCUUUCUGCGUUCGAACGAAGCCAGGACCGCGAGCUGGGACGUAUUAUGGCUGUUAUUGAUAAGCAAGAUGAAUUGCAGCGGGUUAAUAUCGAGAAGCAUGAGCGUGAAAUUGGCGAGUUAAGAGAAAGGGUUGCUCGUAUGGAGAAAUAGCGGGGGUAAACAACGGCAUUUGCAUAUUCUCUUAGUGGGCUAGGUACGAUCUACAUAGAUAGUCUUCUAAGAGAUACGGGGUAUUAUUGCUUUGCUGGUAAGACUCUCCGCGUAAAGCUGGGCUGAAGGGGACGCAAUAAAAUCAAUUAUUUCUGAGGGAUUUGUCAGGCCAUAAUACGCCAUCGAAGAAGAAGAAGAAGAAGAAGAAGGGAUUCUUGAGGGAUUCGGAGAUGGUU